GAUCGCGCAGGGCACCCACAGCAGUAGCACCACAGCGUUUCUUUCUCCUCACAUCGUCAUACCCAGUGCAUCCACGCACCGGCUAGAGCGUCAACGUUGCUGUGGUAUAGCUCAUUUGGUGCGAUAGAUAAAGAAGGCAGCAGCUUUCACGGUGCGGUGAAAAACGCGUCGAGACGGGGAGAGUGCUGCGAUGGUCAACCCGGCCAUGGAUCAGCCAAACCAGCCGCCGCUGCCAUUUCCGGCCCCCGGAGGUGGUGGCCACACCAACGGCCACCACGCAUCCGGCCCAUCAUCUUCCGCGAUCACGAACGGAGAUGCCGGGCUAAGGAUGGGCGUGAACCAGACGGUAGCGACUGUGGCGGGAGAUCUGGAGGGGCUUGUCCAUGCGUGGGAUAAGACGCGAGGGGCCAUGGACUUCACAGUGGACGAGAGCCUCCGAACAGUGGCGUACAGCGUCGCGGAGAACAGGGUGCACACAGACCUCAGGAAUAGGGGCAUCGAGAUCGUUGAUGACAGCCGUGCGAAGGAGAGCAAGUCCUGGCGGCAUAGCGACGGAAGCAGGACGAGGUCGACGUCGUCUCCACGACGACCGCGGAAACCCCGAUCACUACCGCCGUCAUCGCUGUCGCGGUCACGAUCGCCGUUGCCAUCGCCGUCUCCCUCGGCAGCACGAGGAGGAGGAGGUUCAGGUUUCUCCGGUGGGGAGAUCGCGAGGCACGAGGAAGAGGAUGAAGACGGUCUACAAGUGACAGGGUUCGAUCUGCGCUCGGCUCUCAAGUGUGAGAGCAUCUCGGAGACCAGGGGGUAUCUGCGCGUUUUGUACGACCUGGCGGCGCAGCAGGAGCUGAUGCUGGACGAGAUGGCCAGGGAGGGGAUGUACGCUAUCGAACUCAACGAAAAACUAUCCUUGAAACUCGCCGACAAGAGAAAGGAGAUAGCGGUGCUUAAGAAGGCGUAUUUCUUGGCGAUUGAAACCGACCCCGCCGCUACUUGCGACACGAGUGACGAUAACAACAACGGCACCGCCGAGAUCACGGCGGCCACGACCGAGUUUCCCGGCGCCGGCGCCGCUGAGUCCUUGCCCGGGGCCGAGCCCACCCUAGAAGCGGUCUCGUCGGGGAUGACUCCGCCGCCGCCGCCCCGCCCGCCGCUCUCGGACUCCACGACUGCGGCGAGGCGGGAGCACUCUCGGGCGUUUUCGGGGAGAGGUAUCGCCGCUCCGGGUAACGGUGGUGCCAUUAGCCCCCGCGGCGGGGUGGAGGCGGCUUCGAAUGGCGGUAGCCCCGGCGCGGGCGGCGGCCGCACCCGGUCGGGAAGCGGGGCGAGCGUCGGCAGCGGCAGCGGCAACCGCAGCGUUCGCGCGGAGCUGUUCCCGGCACCGGGGGCGGCGAGAGAGGGGAAGAGCAAGAAGACGACACCGGAGGUUUCGCCGCGGUGGGGGAACGCCAACAACAGCCACGCAAUGCCGCCGCCGCCGCCGCCCACUGCGUUCUUCCCUACCGGGCCGCCAGUGAUGGGAGCGCGAGUGUCGGAGCUUGCUGCGCCGCCGACAAUGGAGGCGGCGGCGGGUGUAGGAGACGUGAGCAGCGGUGGUGCGUUUGGAGGACCGGGCCAAGGGGGUGGGGUCGUCGAAGACCCCCUCAAGGCGAUGAUGAUGCCGCCGGCACCGCCCCAGAUGAAGCAGAGCCCGGAGACGGGUCGCCAGGAUGAUGCCGCCGAGGACAGCGGCGACUCCAAGAACGGAAUCAACGCCCCGCCCGCGCUUGCUCCCCCGCCCGUCCUGCCGCACCCUGGGUUGGCAGUUUCCUACCGAGCCGUGCGGCAGGCUCCCGUCGGUGGUGUCGCGCCACCGCCGACGGCGUUCGUCCCUUUCGGCGGCGGCGGCGGCGGCGUCAGCGCAUUUGGUGGAGGAGGUGCUGCGAUGGGGGCGUUUGGCCGCGGGGGUGCCAUGACCGCGCCGUUCGGCGGCGGAGGAAACAGCGGUAGCAGCAGCGUCGAUGGCAAGGGGAGCGAGGGUACGGACGCCGCCGCGGCGACGGCGGAGGGGGGCGGAGGUGACUGCGGCACGACGACGGCGUCGGGCGGCGGCAACAGCAGCACCACCCUCGGCAGCAGCGUCGGCUCGUUUACCGGAAGCUUUGGCAGCGGCCGCGGCGGUGGCGGGGGUGUUGACGCGGGCGUCGCACCGGCAGAGGCUGCGGCUCGGCAGCCGCCGCCGCAGAUGCUGCCGGAGGUCUCCGGCGGCGGGAGUGACGGCAGCGGAGCAGGGGUAGGCGGAGAGGCAGACGCUCCCGGCGACGGUCCGGCCGCCGCCGCCGAGGGCGAGGGGGCGGCGAUGAUGCAGGGCAACGGCUUCCCCGAUGGCGGAGCGGACGCGCCGGGAGUCGGAGAUGAGAGCAACGGGGGCGGUGGGCAAUGCUUUGGUGGGGCGUCGUGGGCGAGGGAGGAGGAGACGAACGAGUUCUUCGCCGGCGUUUGAGAACCGCCAGCCGGUACACUCUGUUCAUGAGUCAUGUCCCCUUGAGUACGCGAGCGCAGCGUUCCUUGAGACGUUGGAAGGAUUAGAUGCAAAUCUUGACAGGUACGCGCUUCUUUCCUUGAUAGACGUGUUGGCGCUGGGCUCGAGUCUAUUGUCCCGAGGGCGCCGCGUUGCUACAGCAGUAGUAGCUGUAAUGUACGAAGGAUUGGAUGCAAAUUUUGAAGGAUGCGCGCUUCGUCCCCCGAUGGAUGUGUUCGUGGUGGGCGGAAGGUCUAUCGCCUCGAAGGCGCUAAUGUCGCUUCGCUUGCAUCGAACGUAGAUUGGACGAUGCGGGGCUGUUGCCCUGCAUCACGGUACGGCUGUCGUUUCUCACUUGUGAGGCUGUCUGUGCCGAUAGUAUGGGUUGUUGCCAAUGACAAACCGCUCCUUUUCCGGCGGAAUAGAUGCCGGUAUGUGUCGGUGCCAAGACAGACCGCUUUUUUGCGGCAGAAUAAGCGCGACGUGUUUGCCUUUUCGGAAUUUCCGCCAUGUGCCCCGGCGUUGCUCCGUGACCCUCGAAAGCUGUUUCUUCGUGUCGACAUGUGCUGGAAGAUCUCACGCUUGCAUCGAAAGCAUGCUCAUGUUGCUGUAUGGUACACCGGUUCCGCUUUGAGUGGCAGAGGCUCGCCAUGUUGUUCAGCCUCCUGUAGCAUAAUUGUUCACGUUCAUAUUCUACGGACAUGUUUGCUAGGCAGGCCCUUGAUUGGUAGUGGGUGGGAUAUUGCUGCGCGGGACCCGGUGGGCGGCAACUGUGCUAGUGCUGUGCGUGCCUAUCUCUCUCUCUCUGCGCCCCUCGUCGCGGUGUAGUGUUUUGGAUCUGGGCAAACGCAGGGGCUGUGCAACAUUUCUGAAUUUCGUCACAUGUGUGUAGUCUGUGUCGCUCUCCGUUAUCGGGCCAGAGUUCUUUUCACAGAGAGAGGGAAAUGAUACCAUUAUUUAUGAGAGUAAAAAACAAGUGCACCCGUGUAGACGUUUCCAUCAAUUAGUGUUCCCUUACGGACGAGUACAAUGCACGUGGAGUUUCGUGGUCUAGAGGUUGACGUGUGUGGCUUUUUGAUCCGCAACAUCAAGGGCGCUUGCAUGCCGGGUUCUUGACAAUGCCGCCCUGAUUUGGAGUCAGAAGUUGCGCUGUUUGUGGUUCCUCGGGCGUUAGCAUGCACGUGUUUGCUUUGGCUCGUUCGAAACCCCGUUUCACCCUCAAAAUUAUCUUACC